GAAGUACAACCGAACAAAACAGCCGAGCCUCAAGAACUAGAAGCAAGAGCUCAAAAACCACAAGUUUCCUCUGCUCACACUACUGAUGUUGGAUGAGGCAAAUGUGACCUAGAAAUCCUUCAGUUUAACGCUGUUUAGCGCUGUAUGACCUCUAUUCAGAGCCGCCAUUUUCUAAUGUGAUGUAAUAUUACCUGGAUCCUUGGUUUCGCUGCAUCUCCAUACCUCCGAGGACUACGUAAUCUCAAGUUAUUCAAAGCAGUCUGCGAUACGGAAUUCCGGAAAGAGUCAUUUGCUAUUCCUCCCGGCGGAGUUUGGAGUUGUUUUGAACCACGCCGUUGUUUCUUAACUUUCGGUUCUAUUGUAUGGAAACUCUGCACAAAAUGUUAGGUGGCAGAUAUGAUGUUAAGGCAGUAACUGAUGAAGGUGCGAAUCACUAUUCAGUUACUGCAUUCAGAAAGAUGAACUCUUUUCGUAAGAAAGGGAAACUUUGUGAUGUGGUAAUCAAAGCAGAAGGGCGGGAGUUUUUGGCUCAUCGAGUGGUUUUAGCAGCUUCUAGCGAUUAUUUCAAUGCUAUGUUCUCAAGCGGAAUGGCAGAGUCCGCACAGUUAGAGAUUGAGCUCAAAUCUAUUUCUCCUGAAAUAAUGGAUGCUUUGCUAGAUUAUGUGUAUACUGGUCAGGUUCGUGUUAGUAUGGAUAAUGUCCAAGAUCUACUUCCAGCAGCAAGCCUUGUUCAAAUGGAAGGUGUGAAAGUUGCUUGCUCUAAUUUUCUACUGACUGAAGUGGAUUCUACGAAUGUUCUUGGGAUUAGACGAUUUGCUGAACUUCACAACUGCACUGAAUUAGAAGAGUUCACCGAGAACUAUGCAGUUAGUAAUUUUGAAUCAGUUGUUGAGUCUGAGGAAUUUAUGUGCCUCACACAUGAGGAAUUAUUCGACCUUGUUAUACGAGAAGAUUUACAAAUUGAUAGUGAAGAAUCUGUAUAUAAUGCUGUUAUGCGUUGGGUAUACCACCAACCUACUGAACGAGUUGCCAAUCUUUUUCCCUUACUUCGGAACAUUCGUCUAUCAGUCAUGUCAGUUCGUUUUCUAACAGAUGUUGUGGAUAAAGAUCCUUUAAUUCGGCAAUCUUUGGAAUGUCGAGAUUUGGUAGACGAUGCUAAACGCUAUCAUUUACGUCCAGAUCUACGACAUGAAAUGCGUGAUUGGCGAUUUUGUCAACGUGAUGGUGGUAAUGAAUAUUUGGUUGUUAUUGGUGGUUUCGGUUCUGAUCAAGAUCCUUCAGACUCUGUGGAAAUGUUUAAUCCUCGUACUUUGGAUUGGAGUGAAUUGCCUGACUUACCGGGAAGUUACCGUUAUGUAGCAGCCUGUUCUUUAGGCACUUGUAUGUAUGUUAUUGGUGGUUUCGAUGGUAGCGAAAGGCUGAACACAGUAUGCUUUCUUGAUAUUGCCCAGCGAGAGGAAGGUUGGCGAUCAAUCACACCGAUGCAUUACAAAAGAAGUUUAUCAGCUGCUUGCACAAAUAAAGGCCUAAUUUAUGUCUGUGGUGGUUUCGAUGGUCAGUCACGUCUACGAUCAUUAGAAGUUUAUCAUCCAAAAAUUCAUGAGUGGAGAAUUUUGGAAGAGAUGACGACAGCACGUGAAGGAGCUGGUCUUGUAGUCUUCGAUGACACCCUAUAUUGCUUAGGAGGUUAUGAUGGUUUUCAUUUACUGAACAGUAUGGAAUCCUUCGAUCUUCACUCUGGUACUUGGUCAGUCUGUAAACCAAUGUAUAUGCGUCGAUCAGGAGCUGGUUGUGCUUUAUUGGGAGAAACUAUAUAUGUUUGUGGUGGUUACGGUGGAGCUGAGAGUCGUGGUCCAUUACAUUUGGAUACUGUGGAAGCUUACAACACACGAUUAGCUCAGUGGACAUUGAUUACUAGCAUGAAUGUUCCUCGUUGCUAUGUUGGGGCUUGCCCACUGGCCGGUAAGAUCUAUGUUGCAGCUGGUUAUAACGGAAAUCGUUUACUGGAUACUGUGGAGUCUUAUGACCCCAUUGAAAAUGCAUGGUGUCUUCAUGAAGAAAGUAGAAUGAAUCAUGAACGAUGUGACACUGGUAUGUGUGUUGUCCGUUUACCAGUAUGUUGCCUCAAUCAAGAUACACCUACUACAGUUACAACAUCAAGAAGUUUCCUUAAUUGCAGUGGUGUUCAAUCAACACUAUCAACUGUUUCAUCUGUUUCUGUCAAUCCUCAUCCAACAUUAAAUCAGUCAACUACUACCACACGGCAUUCAAAUGAUGCUAAUGUCAAUCGGAUCAGUACUAUGCCUAUGGUUCCGCAGGCAUCAGUGGGCUAUGCUAAUCCAUUUACGUUCCAAGAUGUUUCACUCGAAGGUAUUCCGUCCCAUCCAUCCAGUCGAACUGUACUUUCAUCAAUGAAUGCUGAAACUAUUCACAACGCUUCACAAUCGAGUAAUCCUUCAUCAAGUGGUAACAUGUGUGUGGUCAACUCACAACCUCCUAGAAAUUCCCACCCAUCUUCCAGUUGUUCUAGGUCUAGUCGUCACGACCAAAAUCAGUCAUCACGACAAAAUAUCUUAUCGAGUGCGGCUGCUGUCGGUGGAAUAGAUAUGCGAACGUCAAAAUUCCCUAAGCAUUCACUUUCAUUGACUGCAUCUACACUAUUUCGGCGUAAUAUUAAUGUUUGGAAUCCUACAAGUAUGCGGUUCCCAAAUAUUUCACGAGGAUUGCGUAUUUCAAGAAAUCAUAGGUCACUUGGUAAACCUUUAAUGUGCGACCCACAUAAUACUCUGCACUCUACACCUAUACCAAACGUAUCGGAACAAGUUGACAAUCCAUUGUUUAACCAUAUUGACACACUUCAUCAUCCUUUGGAUAAUAUAGCAUCUACAAUUGAAGAAAACUAUGACAUUCAAAAUAUUGAAUCUACUGCAAAUUCAGAAGUUACCACUCCACAGGAAACUCAUUAUGCGGUAAAUGAAUGUGGUAAUAUUGACAUAAAUGAGUUCUGUUCGCAUGCAAAUACUACUCAUUUCGAUCAGCCAAGUGUGUUGUCAACUCAACUACUGGGAUCUGAAAGAAGCAGCUGUAGCAGUCCUACUUUAGUAUCUGGUACACGUCAUUCCGCUCCAGAAUGUACUUCAUCUUCAUCAUGCAAACAUGAAUUGUUCAGAUCGGUUGGUGCAAUCAAUCGUCUCAGUUCAGAUAACAUAUUCCGGCCUAUAUCAAAUCCAUCUGCAUUUUCUACUGUAGAAAAUCCAUAUGUUUAUAGUUCUUCACAGACUACCACCCCUGGUGAUGAUCCAGUUUCACUGCAUGAUCAUACCGCUCUUACGGAAGCACAGGGUGAUGCUAUUCUCGUAGAUAAUACCACAGAAGUUGUUCGUAAUGUAGAUUAUACGGCCAAUGUAGGUCUAGACAGUAAUUCACCUGACGAACAUGAUACUUUAACUACAUUUGGGGAUCUUACUGGAGAAAAUGGUGAUUUGAGCAACUUUUCCACCCGUCCUAAUCGCAAACUGCAUAAUUUCUUGGGCAAUUUGACGACUGACUCAAAGGAAUUAAGACCGAAUUCAUGUAUUGUAUCUUCAAAUGACUCUACCUCUCUCCCAUCUGAUAUCGGGUUACCUAUUCAUCCAACCACUUCUUUUCCUAUACCAGUUGCCAAAGUCAGACCUUGUUCCUCAGCUGUUACAGAAAGCGCAUGUAUAACAACUUUAAAUAACUUUCCCCGAACAGUACAAAAUAUACCUGUUCAACAUUUGACGGAUUUGUCACCUUGCCGGAAUAAACAAACAUUUGAUACAGUAUGCCGAUGGUAUAGACCUGUUAUCCCACAUUCACGUAAUACUGAUGUUAUGUGUGCAUUUAGAUAUAACCUUGAUAACUACCAAACUCAAGCUGUUCAUCAAGGAGAUAGAGUAACGGUUUCGAUUAAUGACCAAAAACUACCAUCUUCAUUCUGUGAAAUGAAUAAUCCGCGAGAACAUUCGAUGCAAGAAGUAUCACAUACUUUUGUCAGUGGCGAAGCAUCUCAAUCACAUCUCAGUUCAGAUGAUUCUAAUGCUAAAAACCUAUGUGAUGGUCCCGUUCACCUUGGUGCUUCUGUAAAACCAGACGUUACAUGUACCACUUCAGUCGUCGAGUUUCUGCACCUACCCGAUACUCCUGGAUGUAUUGUACCCAGUAUUAAUGAUUCAGCUAUCGACCAACCGCAAAAUUUCAACUCCACAUCUAAUUGUGAACCUGACAUAACUUUAUGUACAGUUGUUUACAGUUCCAGCGGUUUAAAUGGUAACCAGGAGACACAACCAGAUAUGAGAUCUGAUGGUGAAGGAGAAGAAGGAAAUGAUUCAGAUACUGCUCAAAGAAAUCCAGCAGUUGGUCAAGUCGAUGACGAUUCAUAAUCUUUGACUGUUCACAUAACUGAUAACUACACUAAAUCUUAUCUAGAUUUGUUAACUUUAGUCGUCUCGUGCAUGACAUUUAUUGUAUUCUUAUGUAUUUUACUAGUUUCACUUUCAUGUCCAUUAAUCUGACAAGGUUUUUUUCUUUUCAAAAUCGUAUACUGCCUUUAUAUGUCGUUUUAUUCACGCUACUUCAUUUCUUACUCAGAGUGUUUCUGUGAUUUUCAAUGCACUGUUAAUAUGGCUUAUUUUCAACCUUUUAUCUGUUUUCAUAUAGUUCUGUACAUUUUUAGUCUUUACGAGGUUAUAAUUUGAUAUAUCUUAUAAUUGCGUUUGAUCAUAUAAUCUUAAUCAUGAGACCGGUUCACUGCAUAAUGAUUACAUUUAUUAAUAUUAUUUGUCCCUAUGGUUUCUAAUGGAACAUAGGGCUUCAGUAGCACGUCUCCAAUGCGCUCUGUCCUCUGAAAUCUUUUGAACCUGGCUCCACGACAGCCCACAAGCCCUCAUUUCCUCCUCACACGAUCUCCUCCAUGUCACCCUCAGCUGGGACGCCCAACCUUUCGUUUGCCAUCUGGAUUCCACUCGAGUACCUGGCCUGGUGCGUGAUGUCCCCAGUCGGCCUUCUCAGUGUAUGCCCAAUCCAAUCCAUCUCCACUUCUUUCCGCAUAUUUGUUGAGUGAUAGGUUCUUGGUUGGUUCGUCGCCAAGUCAGAGUUUCUUGUUGCUUAUUCUCUCUGGUCAUCUGAUCUUCAGUAAUGAGUCAGCGUAGGCAGUUGUUGAUGAAUAUCUGUAGUCUGUUGGAAAUGCCUUUCAUAACGCGCCAAGUCUCUGAACCAUACAGGAGCACUGACUCGACGUUGGUGUUGAAAAUCCGGAUCUUGUUCCACAUGCUGAGUGCAGAAAAUCUUCACACUGGUUUCAGGCCAAGGAACGCCUAUCUUACCUUUCCGAUCCUGGCUUUGAUGUCUUCGUCUGUGCCGCCUGUAGUUGAAACAGUGCUGGCCAGAUAGGUGGGGGAGGCUACUUCCUUUAAGCUUCUCCCGUUGAUUAUAUGAAAGUGGUCAAAUGCAAGUGUGGCCCAGGUUUUUGGAGAUAUCUGACUAAUAAGGUGAGUUGUGUGAGCCUUUUGGUUGAUAUCUACAGUGACUGGCAAAAUUUGUAAUUGUACAGAGAAAGACAAGUUGAAGGUUCCAGAUGAGGCUCAAUAAUGAACGUGCGGUAGUAGAGUAGAGAACAAAUAAUGCCUAACCACGGGAAAUGUUGGCGUGAAACAUCUUAAUUCCUCCGCCUUUUUCGUAGUUUCACUUUCGUUAAAACUGAUACCAUUGGUUUAGUUAUCUUGUUUUCUCCCUUGAUGAUUUCAUCCAUAAAUAUUGAUGUGGAUUGGAUCAGCUCACUAUUUUACCAUCCUGUAUGUUAUCCCCUUUUUCAUGAAGAUUUUGUUGCCGUUUGUCUCGUAUUUAUCAUCCUUUAACAGAACGACAUUACCUCGUCGUUGACUAAAUGCUUGUAACGUUUACGCAAACAUAAUCGGACGUGAAGAUUUUCUUACCCUGUAUGAAGUUUCUGUUUUCCCUGUUGAAUUACAAUGGAAAACAGAAACGAAGAAUUUUUUAGGUUGAUUUUCCAAUGACUUCUUAACUGAUUAUUCUCUCAGGCUGUUCAUAGUGUGUUUAACCUUGCUUUAGCAACAUAGAUAGCCAAUCGGAGUUUUUCCUAGUACUGAAAUUGAUAGAUAUCGGCCCAAAUCGAAAGCAGAAUUCUAAGUCAUCGACCGGUAAGGUAAGAAUUUUGGAUUUCAACCUUGUUUCGUGUUACUGUUUGGAGAGGAAAUACUUUAUUGGACAACUUUGUCCUGCAUCUCACCAACAAAAAUAAGUAUCUGACGCUAGUGGGUUUAUUUUCUGAGGAAAAAAUAUGCAUAAAUGAUGUAUUUUUGUCAAAUAAAAUUGUUUUUCUUACAUUC